AUGGUCUCCCUGAGGUUACCGCUUGCUCGAGGAAUGGAUGCCACGAGGCUACUUCUGCUCACGUCGGCAUUCCUGCCCUUGGUAGCUCCGCAAAGCAGUGGCAUCUACACAAUUGUGGCACCUCGGAAGCUCCGGCCCAACCUCAAGUAUCACGUGAGCACCUCCCUCAGUCAGUCGGCGUCCUCCCCACCCGUCGACCUCAGGGUCACGCUCUCCGGCCCGUCGGACAACGGCAGCUCCAACAGGAUCACCAAGCAGGUCCAGCUUCAUGACCGUGAUACACAAGUGAUAAGUUUUGAGGUGGGCGACUGGGGCCCUGGCAAGUACAAGCUCUCUGCGUCCGGUUCUGGUGGUCUGGACUUCUUCAAUGAGACCGAACUGACCUACGAGCACAAGAGUUACUCGGUCUUCGUGCAGACGGACAAGGCUGUCUACAAGCCGGGACAGAAAGUGCUGUUCCGGGUGAUAGUGAUGGACCCGUACCUGCUGCCCACGGUCACGGGAGCCAUGAAUGUCCACGUCACGGAUGCCAAAGGCAACAGGAUUCACCAGUGGGACCGAGUCCUAACUCAGAAGGGCAUCUACUCUUCGGAACUGCAGCUGUCCGACCAACCUGUCUUGGGAGACUGGGCCAUCCAUGUGGACAUCCUGGGUCAGAAGUACUCGAAGAACUUCACCGUAGCUGAAUACGUGCUGCCCACGUUUGAGGUGAGGGUGAAGCUGCCAGCAUACGCCACCUACAACAAGUCGGAGGUGGUCGCCACAGUUUCUGCCACGUACACAUACGGAAAGCCCGUCAAGGGUACGGUCACGCUGACCGUGGCUCCGAGGACCCGCUAUCACCAGCUGAGGCCCCGCCCUUACGAGCAGUACCAGACCAAGGCAGAGAUUGACGGGAGCGUGGACAUCCCCGUGGCGGUGGUGCGAGACCUGUCCCUCAAGACGGACUUUUUCCGGCGGGACAUAGAGUUCUUUGCCCUGGUGGAGGAGCGCCUGACCGGGCGCAAGUACAACUCCACCUCGUACCUCACGCUGCACGACAAGGAGGUCAAGGUCGAGCUGGUCAAGACCUCGGAGACCUUCAAGCCGGGCCUCAAGUACACCUGCUUCCUGAAGGUGGCCUACCAAGACGACACGCCGGUGCACGACGCGGUGAACCAGCUGACGCUGUACCAGGGCUUCAACUUCAACGAGGACCUCUGGAAGACCAGUCGCCACUGGGUUCCUGCCAACGGGGUGGUGCGCCUCGAGCUCUUCCCGCCCAACGACAACGCCACCGUCGUGCUGGGCCUGAGGGCGGAGUUCCGGGGCCAGACGCACUACCUGGAAGGGAUCUACCCUGCACGCUCCCCGACCAGGAGCUUCCUCCAGGCCUGGGUCACCACCGAGGACCCCAUGAUUGGCGAUCUGGUGGAAGUGGAGGUGAAUUCCACACAGCCGCUGGAUCACCUGGUCUACGAGGUGAUGGGCCGAGGGGACAUCGUGUUUGCCCAGACCCUCCCUGCUUCCGGGGUGCGCACAUACCGCUUCAGCUUCUCGACCAGCUUCCGCAUGGCCCCCCGAGCACGAGUUCUCGUCUACUACGUACGCAAAGAUGGGGAGCUGGUGGCAGAUGCAGUCAACUUUGACUUGGGCGGCAUCCUCAGGACUCCGGUGCAGGUGCAGAGCAACCUGGCAGAGACCAAGCCUGGAGGACAGGUGGACAUCCUGGUGUCUACCCGACCCAAUGCCUACGUGGGGCUCCUGGGGGUCGACCAGAGUGUGCUGCUCCUCAAGAAGGGCAAUGACCUCAGCCAGGAGCAGGUGAUUGCGGAGCUGGAGUCGUUCGACAGCGGGAAGCAGGCCAGGGUCUGGCCACCCUGGUACAGGCGCCGCAGGAGGUCCCUCUGGUGGCCUGGCUCCACAACAGCCCAUGACUUGUUCAAGGAUUCCGGCAUGGUCGUGCUCACCAAUGGCCUCGUGUACGAGUCGGAUGAUGGCCUGUUUGCGAGGAAGCAGGUGAUUCGUCUCGACACGGAUGUCUUGACCAACCCCGUGCUCCCACCAAGCGACCUCCCCGAGGCCCCGCCUCCGGUGCCGGGUCGCAUUAGGCUUCGCCAGCAGUACCCCGAAACCUGGCUUUGGAGCAAUGUCACGGCAAGCCAUGACGGCCGGGUGGUCAUUUCGAGCACCGUGCCAGACACCAUCACGUCCUGGGUGAUCAGCGCCUUCGCGCUCGACUCGCUCACGGGACUCGGCAUUGCACCAUCGCAGGCCAAGGUGACGGUCUUUCGACCGUUCUUUGUGACGGCCAGUCUGCCGUAUUCUAUCCUCCGGGGGGAGUCCGUCGCCAUUCAGUGCGUCGUCUUCAACUACAACAACAAGCCUGUUCAGGCGCGGGUGACGCUGGAGAAUGCAAAAUCCGAGUUUGUCUUCACGUCUCUGUCCAAUGACGUCGGUGGCGAGCAGAGCAAGGACAGGCGCAGCAAGGAUGUCACGGUACCGGCUCAGGACGGCGUCCCCGUGUCUUUCCUCAUCACCCCCACCAAGCUCGGCUACAUCGACAUCCACGUGUCGGCCACGUCCUCCCUGGCUGGCGACUCCAUCCUCAAGAAGCUGCUCGUCAAGCCCGAAGGCUCCAAGCAGCACUUCAACCGGGCUGUGCUGGUGGACCGGAGGAACCCUUCUGCUCCGCCCACCAGCACCAACAUCUCCAUCCCCAUCCCCAAGAAUGCGGUGCCUGGCUCGGAACGCAUCAGCGUCUCGGCAGUCGGCGACCUGCUGGGCCCCCACGUGAACAACCUGGACCAGCUGCUGGUGAUGCCCCACGGCUGCGGGGAGCAGAACAUGUUGGACUUUGUGCCCAAUGUGGUGGUGCUCGACUACCUGCGCAGGGCCAACCGACUCUCCCCGGCUGUGCGCGGCAAGGCCCUUCGCAACCUCGAGGACGGCUACCAGCGCCAACUGACCUACAAGAGGGACGACAACUCGUUCAGUGCCUUCGGGAACACGGACCGCAGCGGCAGCACUUGGCUCACAGCAUUCGUCCUCAAGUCGUUUGUCCAGGCGGUGCCGUACACCAGCGUGGACCCCGCAGUGCUGGAGAAUGCCACGCGCUGGCUGGUGGAGCGCCAGAAACCGGACGGCUCUUUCGAGGAGCCCGGGGAGGUGAUCUACAAGCCCAUGCAGAGCGGUGCUGGAAGCGGGGCGGCGCUGACAGCCUAUGUCCUCAUUGCUCUCCUGGAAAACAAGGCCAAGUCCUCGCAGCCGGCGGUGGUGCAGGCGGCUGAGGAGUUCCUGCUGAAGGAGCUGAGGACGCAGAGCGACCCCUACGUGGUGGCAGUGGUGACAUAUGCCCUGCACCUGUCCGGCCACCGGGCAAGGGACGGAGCCUUCCAGAAGCUGCUCUCCCUCGCCACCCGGGAAGACGACAUGGUGUUCUGGAAGGACCCCGGAGUGGCGCCAGUAAACACGACGGACAAGCAGUCAGACUUCUUUUUCAAGGCCCACUUCAAGGAUGUGGAGAUGACCGCCUACGCCCUGCUCACACUCAUGGAGAGGGGAGACGUGAGCGCCGCCAUCCCGGUCAUGCGCUGGCUCGUCUCCAAGCAGAACGCCAACGGGGGAUAUAGCUCCACCCAGGAUACGGUGAUUGGGAUCCAAGCCCUGGCCCGUCUGGCUGCCAGCGUGGUGUCGCAGACCAUAGCGGUGGAUGCCUCGGUCAAGUACGGCGACGGCAGAAAGCGCACCCUCAAGAUCCACAGUGGGAAUGCCCUGGUGCUCCAACGCAUCGAGCUUCCAUCAGACUUGAAGUAUGUGGAGAUCGAGUCCUCUGGAUUUGGAGUGGCCAUUAUACAGGUGUCGUGGUCCUUCAACCUGGCCGUAUCUUCGGAGGCCCCUGCCUUCUUCCUCAACCCACUGCUGGAUAAGACCUCUACCGAGAGCUACCUACAGCUCAGUGUCUGCACACACUACCGUGGCGAAGGGGAGGCGAGCAACAUGGCGGUGAUGGAGGUGGGGCUUCCUUCGGGCUACCUCUUUGACUUCGACACGCUCAGCAGCAUCCACAGGACCAAGGAGGUACGCAGGGUUGAGAGCCAGGACUCGGACACCAACGUGGUCAUCUACUUCGACAGGAUUGGGAGGGAGGAGCUGUGUGUGACUGUGCCCGCCCACAGAGAGCACAAGGUGGCCAACCAAAAGCCCGUGCCCGUCAAGGUCUACGACUACUACGACCUCGCCCGCAGUGCCCGGAUGUUCUACAGCCCGUACAAGACCACCCUGUGCGACGUAUGCGACGGGGUCGAGUGCGGCAACGACUGCAACACCGUCAAGGGCACCAAGGCAGGCACCGACCAGCUGGAACGGGAGACGGAACCCGACGCCGCCGCCGACACCAGGGCAUCUCUCGCGGCUGUGCUGGCACUGAGCCUCACUGCGGUGCUCUUUGUCCGCUGGUGGUAGCCGCCGGCCGUCGCACGAAUCCUCUUCCAUGGGGAGCCUCUUGAUUGAGCAUCGAUUUUGGCCGUGGCCACACUGCCACGAAACCAGGACGAUGGUGUUUUGUUUUGCUGGAGUGACGCAGAGUUGCCCGAUUGGUAGUUGCUAGAGCGGACUGACUGCAUAAUGUUAUGCUAUGUUCUUAGACUUCUUACCGAAGUGAUUGAAUGCCGCUUUGCUGGCAUAGUGUUUUCGUCGGAUAUUAUCUGUAUGUUUUCGGUGUUAAACGAUCGAUCGAAUGUUCGCAUUUGCAGCUAUCGUGCUGCUCCAGGCGGUGAUCCAUUUUGCAUGUCUCACUUAAACGGUAAUGUCUAGGAGACGUCCGAAGCUGUUUGAUGUUCCGCCCAAAGUAGUCUCGAUUUCCCGCGUGGGCCCUUAGCAACGCACCCGGGUUUAUUUCUGCUCUCAAGUAAGUUAGAUGUGCACUUGUGUUUUUGCGAGGAAUGUGACACACUGGUGAACUGUGUUCACCUUCUGCAUGUAAGGCCGAGAAAUCUUUAAUGCGCUUACCUCGUUUAGUCAGUUUCUCAGCCGUUUCUUAGGGCAUUAAAGUUUUCUUUUUUUUAGAUUUGGCUGUAUUUACAGUGAAAUCGUGGUGUACCGAAGCUUUGGUUCUUAGCUGUUGAAGAAUUCUAAAAAUUGUAAUUGUGAUCUUCCUGCUGCUCUCGCCAUUUUAAAGUGUGUGUCAAGUGUGAGUAAUGAAUGCCAUUUUAUUUUAUACAUUAUAUGACACUGGUCUGUUGUAUAUAACACGUAACAAUAUACACAUAUGCUUGUACAUAUAUUAAGAUUUUAUAUGGCUUCUUAACUGAUCCAGCCCUACCCUGAUAGGCAGAAUUGUAAAUGUCUCUUUUGUAUGUCUUCAUUAUUUUGAUGAGGCAAUUUUAAUGUAUAUAUAAAUAUGGAUAUAUAUAUUGGCAGGUCAAUGUUCAGCCAGAAGAUAUAAGCCUGCUACACGUGGCUUCUGGGCUGAGCUUCAUAGAAUACAGACGUCUGGCACGGGACAUUCAGGAUAGCCCUGAAUGAACUUCCCCUUUCUAGAUAUAGGAGGAGUGUGCUACCGCAAGAUGACCUAAAGGAGUAAAAAAAAGUGGAAACUAUUCUUUGCUCCAUCUUUUUUCUCUUUCAAGGCUGGCUUCUGCAGCCAAUUGCACAAAUAAAUGCUGUGAUGUUUUCUUAGCACAUACAAUGACAUACAUUCCAAAGCUGUUUCUCUUAGUAGGGUUGUUUGUGAUUUUUUUAUGCCCGCGUUUCUACCUUUUGCGACUCUUCAUAAUCAUGGCUCUUCAACAUUCCCCAUCAUAUUUAUUUGCAAGCUGCCUGUAAUCCUGCUUCUAAAAAAUAAUGCUGGAACUAUAAAAAAAAAUGUGCUGUAUAAAUUCUAUGAGGACACCAAAUAAAUACUUUUUACUCUU